AUGGAACCCCCGAAGCUGAGUGGCAGGGCAGCACGGCACGAGAGGCAGAAGCAGCUGAUGGUGAAGGAGGCUGCCGCCCGCGCUGCCAAGCAGAAGGAGGAAGAGGCUGCAGCAGCAGGGAAGGCGGCGGCGGCGGCGGCGGCAGGGGACACGCAAGGAGAGGGAGCAGGCGGGCAGAAGGAGGAGGGGGGCCAAGAGCAGCGCACGGUGGAAGGGGCAGGGCAGCAGCAGCAGCAGGGAGGAGUGGCGGCAGAUACUGCCACUACCGCUGAUGGUUUGGAGAGAGGGCAGGGCGCGGGAGAGGGGCGAGCGGGAGGUGGGGAUGCUGGAGGGGCGGAGCAAGAGGGAGGAGAGGCGAGGCGGGUCAGCGGAGGAGAGGGGGGUGAUGGGGAAGGUGGCGUGGAUAGCGAGGGGGGGAGAGCUCAGGGGGCGGCUGGGGAAGGAGAUGGAGGAGGGGAGGGGGGAGGGGCUGGAGCAGGUGGAGGGGGGGGGAAAGCAGCGUCUGGAGGUGAGGAAGGAGAGGGUGGAGGGGAAUCAGAGGGGGGAGGGGAAGGAGGGGGAGCAGGGGGAGAAGGGGGCGCAAGGGGGGGAGGGGGCGCAGGGGGGGUGGUGCCGAUAGAGUGGGCGAAGCCGGAGGAGAUGGACAGCGAGCGGGCGGACCUGGUGUCGAUGCUCAAGGCGCGCAGGGACGAGGCGGGCGAGCGCGGCAGCGAGGACAGCGGCGUUAAGAGUGGUGGUGGCGGUGAGGCGGUGAAGCACCGGCGGAAGAGGAAGAAGCACAAGGGUGGGGAGGGGCGUGGUGCGGUGGGAGGCGGUGGGAAGGGAGAGGGGGAGAUGAGUGAGGAGGAGAGGGCGAUGGCUGAGGCAAGGAUGGCUGUGAGUAGAGAGAGAGGUGAGGAUGAGGAGGAGGAAGAGGAGGAGGAGGGGGAGGGGGAAGGGGAGGAGGGAGAGGAGGAGGGGGAAGAGGGAGAGGAGGAGGGAGGGGAGGACGAGGAGAAGGGUGGGGGGAAGGGAAAAGGUGAGGGUGGGGUGAAGAGUGGGGUUGGACGCAAGAGGAGGGUGGCUGGAGGUGAACGUGGGGAGGCGGGGAGUGGAGAGCUGAAGGAGAGGGGAGGGAGGAGAGGAGGGGAGGGAGAGAGCAAGAGGAGGCUGGGAGAGGAGGGGAGGGGGGCACAGGGGGGAGGGGCACGAGGAGGAGGGGGAAAUGGCGGAGGAGGGGUAGGGGAAGGAGGAGGAGGGGAAGGCUCAGUGGCAAGGCAGGGCAGGAGGAAGCGCAUUCCGAUGGAGCAGGCGGAGGAGCAGCAGAGCAUGGGGGCGGGGGCACGCACGGGGCUGCGGCUGAAGAGCAUGGGGAUCGAGGAGCUGCUGAGCCUGGAGGACGAGGAGGACAACGAGGAGGAGGGCGCAGGGGGAGGGGGCGGAGGGGGAGCGGGAGGGGGUACAAUGGGACGAAUGGGCGGGGAAGGGGGUGUAGAGGUGGCUGGGGAGGGGGGUAGGAGCAGUGGUUGGGGGGAAGGGCGAGAAGGCCAGCAGGGGCAGGGGAUAAAGAUGGGAGUAGGGGGGCGCGGAGGGGGAGUGGGGGCAGCAGCGAGGGUGGGCAAGGCGGUGUUGGAUGACGUGGAGGGCGAGGAGGCGUGGACGGAGCCACUGCCCACACAGGGGUACAUUCCCCAAGGGCCCUUCGCCAACGCGUCGGAGUGGAGGCAGCGUGUGUUGGCAGGCAACUCGGUCUUCACCCGCUUCAGUGGUUACCACGUUGGCCCGCGCAGGCUAAUGGGCGUGGGGGUGGUCCCGUGGGCCAUGAAAGGCCGUCUCAUUGCCACGCACUGCAGGGAAGCCCCUCUGGCCUUCCCCGCAACAACUCCAGGUCUCCCCUUCCCCUUCCACUCGGUGCUGUGCCUGCUCCCAUCGGCGCGCAACGCAUCGAUGCCCGUGCAUCUGCUGCGCGAGGCGGUGGAGUACCAUCGCCUGCUGGGCGCCAUCGUGCCACCCUUCCACAUCUUUCCCCUGUCACCCCCUUCCACCCCUUUCACCUGCCAUCCCCACCACCCCCCUUCCCGCCUGGCCCCCAACCAGGUGCUAGCGAUGCACGACUGUGUGCAGCGCCACGCCUUCACAGCCCGCUGGGUCAUCCCAGCCGCCAUCAACGAGUUCCUCUUCGUCGGCCUGCCGCCCGCCUCCAUCCCCUCCUUCCUUGAUCCCUUCGCCUACCCCACCACCUCCUCCUCCGAAACCGCCCUCUCAGACCCCCUCGUUGAUUCCGCCGCCACCGCCGCUGAUGCUGCAGUAACCGCAUCUGGAGGCUCGGCGGCCGCGGCCGCCGAAGCUGCGGCGUACGUGCGGGCGGUGCCGUGGGUGAGCGUGGGCAGCCAGUGGAGGUCGACGCGGCUGUGCGCGCUACCGUUCCGCGUGCCCGAGGGCGAGGCGUUCUCGAUGGAGCGCAUGGUGUUCCGCUGGCCGUACCCCGUCUGCCACGACCGCAUCCGCUUCCCCGACCCCCACCUCUGCCCCGGGGAGGCUGGCUUCCGCCGCCUCAUCAUGGAUCCACGCAAGGUGCUAUGGGGUGGGGGGGAGGUGAGGGAAGGGGGGGGACAGGGGUGGUAG